GCUUACGAGUACGCGGAAGCCGAGGACAAGAGCAUCCGGCUCGGCUUGUUUCUCAUCAUCUCGGGCGUCGUGUCGCUCUUCAUCUUCGGCUUCUGCUGGCUUAGUCCCGCGCUGCAGGAUCUGCAAGCCACGGCGGCCAAUUGCACGGUGCUGUUGGUGCAGCAGAUCGGCAAGGUGUUCGAGUGCACCUUCACCUGUGGCGCCGACUGCAGGGGCACCUCGCAGUACCCCUGCGUCCAGGUCUACGUGAACAACUCCGAGUCCAACUCCAGGGCGCUGCUGCACAGCGACGAGCGCCAGCUCCUGACUAACCCCAAGUGCUCCUAUAUCCCUCCCUGUAAGAGAGAAAAUCAGAAGAAUUUGGAAAACGUUAUGAGUUGGCAACAGUACUGGAAAGAUGAGAUCGGCUCCCAGCCAUUUACUUGCUAUUUUAAUCAAUAUCAAAGACCAGACGAUGUGCUCCUGCGUCGCACGCAUGAUGAGAUUGUCCUCCUGCAUUGCUUCCUCUGGCCCCUGGUGACAUUUGUGGUGGGCGUUCUCAUCGUGGUCCUGACCAUCUGUGCCAAAAGCCUGGCAGUCAAGGCAGAAGCCAUGAAGAAGCGCAAGUUCUCCUAAAGGGAGCAAGCUUAUGGAAAGCGAAGCACAGAAGCUGCACUCAUGGGUGUGUGAGCACCUGCAGAGCCCGAGUCUCCUGGUGCAGAAUAUAGAAGGGGCCACAGCAGGUCUCUGAGAGGCUCUCCUUCAGUGGCAGCAGAAACAGGCAGAAUGGGAAGACUUGGAACCUCCUCGCUUGUAUUCCAUGUGUCGUAGCAAUGGCUAAAGGGUCAAGCUCUCACCUUUAUGGAGUAACCGUUUCAGAACACCCUAUAAGAAGCUCAUUUUCUUUUGAAAGUACCAGUAUAUUAUUUGUACAGUGUAGUAUACAAACCAUUAUGAUUUAUGCUACUUAAAAAUAUUAAAAUAGAGUGGUUCUGUG